CCUCCACAUCAUGUGAUUCAGGUGUUCCAAUCCCCUCCAUAUCAUGUGAUUCAGGUGUUCCAAUCCCCUCCAUAUCAUGUGAUUCAGGUGUUCCAAUCCCCUCCACAUCAUGUGAUUCAGGUGUUCCAAUCCCCUCCACAUCAUGUGAUUCAGGUGUUCCAAUCCCCUCCAUAUCAUGUGAUUCAGGUGUUCCAAUCCCCUCCCAAUCAUGUGAUUCAGGUGUUCCAAUCCCCUCCACAUCAUGUUAUUAAGGUGUUCCAAUCCCCUCCACAUCAUGUGAUUCAGGUGUUCCAAUCCCCUCCACAUCAUGUGAUUCAUGUGGUCCAAUCCCCUCCACAUCAUGUGAUUCAGGUGUUCCAAUCCCCUCCACAUCAUGUGAUUCAGGUGUUCCAAUCC